AACCAAGACAUAUCUUUCUAUUUCGCCCGCAGAAUCUCUUGAUCGAAGAGGCUCUUUCGUUCAACGAUAUCGUCGUUGAGGACUUUACAGAUAGUUAUGUGAACUUGACACUGAAGACAGGAUUCAUGAUGAAGAACUUCCUCAGAACUUGCCCAAAGGCCAAGUAUCUGAUGAAGUGCGAUGACGACGUGAUGGUCAAUCCGGAUGUUAUCUAUUCGCUCGUGGAGAAGAUCAGCGGCAGCAAUAAACCACUAAUCGGAAGACUCUUUCUCAAUCCCGCGCCGUUUCGAGACGCCGACUCGAAGUACUACAUUCCCUACUGGCUCUACGACAAGUCCGUCUUCCCGCCUUACCUCUCGGGUCCGGGAUAUCUAGUCCCGGGCGACAGUGUUGAGAGGAUUCUCGAGGAGAGCGCCAACGAGCCUCUGAUCAACCUCGAAGAUGUCUACUUCACCGGCAUGAUCGCGAUGGGCAGGCUGAACAUGACUCUGCAGAACAGCAAGAGAUUCUCCACCAUCUUCUCACCGCGCAUGGGCAAGUGCAACUUCCAGAGGGCCGCCAUGGUGCAUCAUCUGGAGGUGCCCGAAAUGCUGUCUCUGUGGAACUCAACGUGGGACACGAAGGUGAACUGCAAGAACAAGUUCCGAUCCAUCAUCACGGGCUUCGGCAUCCCACCUUUCUUCCUCAAGAGGAACUCUCUGGACUUGGACCUCGACUGACCUAGUUUGAUAGUGAAUUACAUGAAAUUCUCAUUAGACCUUUAAGUGCAACUCAGUGUUGCUGACUUUGAGUCACAGUCAAAGACUCCUGGCAAGUGCUGAAGUGCUGAUUCAAGGCGAAAAUCUCCACGUUCAAGUUAUCAGUUUUAUAUGAUUAAUUGGGUGUAUUUUUGCAAUCAAGCACAGAAAGGCAGUUGCGAAGAUAAGUGUGAAGCUGUGUGUGUUUUGAAAUUAAAAAUUUUUCUUCUAAGGUUAAUCUUUAUUUCCUAAAAUUGCAGUAAGAUUUUAAAUUAUCAAUAACAUGGAGUUAGAAUAAUAAGCGCUCUGACAAAUAUAUAUUUUUCUAAAAGCUCUUAAACCUCGCUGCAUGAUAACAAAAUUUCAAGGCAUUUUAUGCAGGGGUUUUCGAGAAAAUAGUCUUGUAAUUUUGAGUUUUACAUAUAAACAAGAAUGCAAAACUUCAACUGUUCUUUUCAACUACGUGAACAUUUAAGCGCUCUGACAAAGAUAUACUUAUCUGAAAGCUUAUUAAGUUCACUAUUUAAAUAGAUAGUAUUUGAUCUUGAAAUCGCCCAACCCGAGACAUUUGCGGGGCAUCAGUUGAAAAACAUGCUAAAGAGAGAGAACGUACACACAUCACUUAACCUUAUUUAUAUUUUCUCACCCCUGAUGUGGGGUUGGGGGUCACAAUAAAUCUUUCAUAU